AUGGCUGAAAACGAACGCUCCGUUUCCCCAACUGCGCCAGCUCCCGGUGGCUUCGUGCCUCCCACGAUCCCUUCCAACUCGUUACCAUCUCCAGCACCCAGUUCAGCAUCAGCGGCCGCCGCCUCCAACCUUCCACAUCCUCGCCGAACUUCUCUUCGCCCCGGAUCCAUCAAGGAGGAUAAAGUCCGUAAUUAUGUUUCCGACAAAAUGCUGCACAUCAGUCGCCGAUAUGUCAAGCACUUUGCCAUUCCCGAUCCCAGCGACGAAAUCACCGGCUACAAGUCCAUGGCCGAAUUGUGCAAAGACCUGGACGACGUGAUAAAUAUCAUAUGGCUAUCUGGUACUCCCAGCCUACAAAUUCCCUACCUGCUCAACAUCGCAAGCGAAUUCACCACCUGGCUUGAAGGCUUCCCUCCAUCGCCAUCAGCCACCUUCUCGCUACUACGAAAACUCGACCACUGCUUCGCCAGUCUCCUAUUCGGUUAUGACAUCGACACCCAAGAGACACUCCCGGGCUUUGAAAAUGGCCUCCGAGCCGGUCUCUCCCGAACCGACAUGGUCCGCUGCAAGAGUGUUAUAGAGCGCACCCGCGUGCUAGUAGUCGAGGUCAUGUCGAAAGAGCCAGCCGACGAGGACCAAGAUGGUGGUAUUGGCGGUCCAGGCAUCCAGACUCCAAAGCCGGACGACGAUACAGACGUCGAGGCCGAAACUGAUGCUACACACGACAUGAUGAACGAUUUCAAUGACGGGGAUGAUGACGAAGACGAGCUUCUCCACAUGAAUGUCGCCAAGGUAUAUGAGAACACACUUGUUAAGCUGGGAGAUAUCCUAGGAGAUGGGGGUGGCGUGACGACAAUUCCCAUGUCUGUGGAUUGA